GAAACGAUCGCUGUCACGAGCCACGAUAGCAUCGUGAACAACCUGAUUCACGUAUCCGCUGAGGAUUCAAUAUCUGCAAUGAAGAAGACGCUCGCUGGGUAUGACAAUGGAGAAGAUGACGAUUUCGCAGUCACAUCCAGCUCGAUGAUCAUCAAAGUCUUUGACCCAUACUCCAGCUCGAAACUGGUCGACACACCUGUUCGUGGCCAGAAAUGCUUGCACAAAGAUGUUUUCGAUCUGGAAAUAUUCCUUAGCAUGUGCAAACGCGAGCAGCCAGGCUGGCCAAGCGUGGUGGACUGCUGGCGAUGUCCACUGUGUCGAGGCGAUGUGCGUCCGCAAACACUCAUCCUUGACGAAUUCUUGGCAAAGGUCGUCGCCGAUCUCAAGAGUCGCAACCUCACCGACACGAGAGCAAUCGUGCUAGAAGCGGAUGGGAGCUGGAAACCCAGGGCAGAAGAGAGAACUGGUGUACGAUCUCCUAGUCUGGAGCGAGAGAUGCGUGGAAGUGCGAGUCGCAGCGUGCCACCUGCUACGGCUGGCAUGGCGCCUCCGCCGAGACCGAUGGAAAUCAUUGAGCUGGAUUAGAGACCUGCUCGACGACAUCAUCGUGUGUAUGUGAAUGGAACGAAACGGAGGAAAGUCGACACGAAUCUAUGGAAGCGUGCUUAUCGGUCUUCCGGAUUCUUUUGGGAGGCGAGGCGUUUUUGAGAUUCCCUUGAGUUGCUUUGAUCAUAGAGAUACCCUUUUUGCGAUGUGCGAAGCGAAGCGCGAGAGACAGUAGCGCUUGCUUUGCUUUGCUUGCUUACUCAUGAGAUAGCAACAGCCCGAAAUCAUUUCCGAUAGAAUGAAAUGGUGCGGAAGGGUAGUAAAUUUUAUAUGUAAUGUUUGCUUGUUUGC